CUAUAAAUCUUUACAAUCUGAUACAGCUAAGCAAUAAUUACUUUUGGCAAACAGCAUAAAAGGGGUAUUGUAGAUCUCUCAUUCAUUCGUUCACCACCAGAAAAUAUGUUGAGAGAAUAGAAGUUAACCAUAGGUACAAACUUAUUCAGUCCAGAAGAAGAGAUGGAUGGCAGUUAUUUUGGUGAGCCAAGCUUGGGACAUGGACGAUCUGGGUCUUCAAGGAAAGGCAAGAAGAGUAACUCAGACAAGCCCAGGCAACCACAGAGGGGCCUUGGAGUAGCUCAGCUAGAGAAGAUCAGACUCUAUAACCAAAUGGGUAGUAGCUAUUUUCCGUCCUUUCACAGUCCCUGCUACACUAAUCUGAACCAGCUGGAAGAGGAUGUAAGGAUGGGAACAACAUAUUCAUCUAUUCCGUCAUCUUCAUCAUUCCUUUCUUAUUCACAGUCGUCAUCAUCAUCUUUAGUCUUUCACCCAAACAUGACGCAGCUGGGUUUAGGAGAGAUGGAAACCAUAGAGACCAGAUAUGGUGAUUCGGAUUCCCAGUAUGGCACUAUGGCUAGCAGAUGGAAUCACAGCAGUGGUAGCUUUGAGACCCAAGACACCAUGCAACCUAGCUUGACCAGACAUCUCUUGAGCCUAAACGUGGAGGAUUCAGUGCAAAAGAAGAGAAGGAAAGACAGGUGCGGCUCAAUGGGCUCAAGCAGUCAGAACUCUGACUCAAGUGACACCAGAGAAGUAGACUUGGAGCUGAAGCUAUCACUGUAGAUUUUAAUACUGUGUGCAUUGAAACAAAUUGAUACAUUUGCAUCUCUUUCUGUGGUUAUAUAUAUAUAUAUAUAUAUAUAUAUAUCCAAAGGGGAGUUCAACUGUAACACAACCAAUUGGGUUUUUAGAACUCAACAAGUUGAGCAAGUUGGCAGGUCUAUUUUGAUUUUAAGUGCAAAGGACUCUAGCUAGUGUAAUGAAUUAAGGCACAUUGUCGGUGCAUAAUUGCAUGAAACUUUCCUCUUGCUUUCCA